UGUUCUAAAACGCUUGAAGCAUGGGUUCUAAAUUUUAGAACGACGCAAUUAAGCGUCGCCAGAUUAUAAUCUAAAUAAUCUAAGCGACGCUUUCGUUAGUUCAGUGUUAGUUACCAGGACCGGCGGGAAAGUAAAUAACAACAUGGCGGCUCGUCGAAGUGCUAUGUUAUCCACAUCACAGCGUCCAAAGCGCUUUAAAGCGGCGAAAAUCAGUGUUUUGAGUGUUUCAACGUCGGGAAAAAAAUCAAGAAAAAGCUUUUCUUUAAAAGUUCGGAAAAAUACAAUUAGUGACAGAAGUGUUGAUAGACAAUAUGGCCAAGGAGAGUUAGAUUCAGCGGUGGAUAAUAUAAAUCAAGGCACAUUUGAACAGGAAAUAUUUGACGAGUCAGAUCAGGAGGGCCCUGUAACGUCUCAACACAAUAAACGGAGAUUUAAAGAGUUCAGUAGCUGGGGAAAUAUUCGGGAAGAACUGUUAAACGGCCGAAUUGAGACAGAGGCCGAGGGGUUCUUUAAUAGCAGCCAGAAAUGUUGUGAAUGUGGGCAAAAUCAGGUUGAUGUUCGUUGUAACGAAUGUGGCAUUGAGCAGUAUUUCUGCCUAUUAUGUGCUGAAAAUAUUCACGGGCGACGAAAUUAUUUCCAUGUUUUGGAAAAGCUUCAGGAUGAAAACAUUGUGCCAUUUUUUGUCAAUCAUGUUGUCAUUGGAAGAGAGCAUCAACAAAACUGUCCAUCAGCCCAACCUAGAAAUGUUGUUUGCAUUGAUCAGUUUGGUCGCCAACAUCAUAAACAGAUACUGUUUUGUGAUUGUGAGAAGGAUGCUGUAACAUUGAUGAAAAUGAAGUUAUGGCCAGGAAGUGCAACAAGACCAACUCUUGCUUUCCAGGUUCAAUUAAUGGAGCUGGCUCGAACUCUUCUAUUGGAGUGUCAUGUUUCCCUGAAAAAGUUUUGUGAUGCGCUAGGAAUUUUUUCCAAAAAAUCAACUCUUCCAAAAUGGGUUAACAAUAUCUACUCCACACUAAAUACUGAUUCAUUUGAUGAAUAUCGCUAUCAUCAGUAUUUGCUUGGAACUGGCUUUCCCAUUAGAGAACAAACCAUCACAAAGCACUCAUGUCCUCUUUGUCCUAAGGAAGGGGAAUCUGGUAUUCUUAUAGAAUCUAUGGAUGCUUGUUUUGGUUUGGUGCGAAAAAAGUCUGCUGCCAAAUGUAUUCUUCCCCCACGGCAUCAACUGACUAUGUUCGCAAAUCAAACUGAUGUUGAUGAAUUUGUUGAAAAUUAUACAUCCAAUGCCAAAAAAGCUGAUACAAGCUGCAAUGAGUUUAAGGCUGGGGAAGUUAACAGUAUGCUUCGGUCCAAAGGAAAAAAUAGAUUAUAUGAUGAGAAAGGUGUUUUUGGUCGUGUAUGCAGACAUGAUUAUCCAAAAGGCUUUAUAAAUAUCAAACAUGGUGAAAGAAUUGCAUACUCUGUACAUGAGCUAGAGCGAGUAAUCAGGACUUCAGAUGAAAAUUGCAAGAUUAGAAUGACAUAUGAUAUUGCUUGCACAUUGGUAGCACAUUUAAAGAAAAAUUCAAGACAAGAUAUUUUGGACCGCAUUGGGUUUGCAAUACCUAUUUUUCAUUGCUAUGGCCAUAAGUCAUCAUGCCAGGUAGAAUUUAGUCCAAGACGACAAGAAGGGUAUGGCCUGACAGAUGGUGAAGGCAUUGAAAGGCUGUGGUCUUACCUAAGAGGGUUUUCCUCAAUCACCAAAGAAAUGAGUGCUGGACGACGAACAGAUGUGCUAACUGAUGCUUUGUUACAUUAUGGUGCUCGUCAGCUUCGAAAUUUCGGAACUUCAUUGCAAGCGAAACUUAAAAGGUGCUCAAGUAUAAUAGUGCAUACAUUGUCGCAAAUACAAGAACUAUUUUCCAAAUUGCCAGUUGCAUAUGAUCCGUUCCUUAUUAACACUUGGAUGGAAGAGGAACGCAAAUGUAUUCAAGAAAGGAAUUCCAAGAAAAUGCGUUCGUUGACAUGGGAGGAACAAUAUGUUCAAAAUCUUCUCCAUCUUUACCAACUGAGAGCUCAGAUUGGAAAUAUUCCAGAAGGAGAUCACAGCCAACUUACAGAUGUGGUGAAAAAAAGCAAAAAGGUUUUAAAAGCUGUUCAGCGUAUAGAAAAACAACAAAAACUCAAAAAGAGAUGGAAAACUGGAGAGAGUAAGUUCAACGCCGCCGCCAUUUCUCUUGAACAAAGAAGGCAAGAGUCUGUGAUGGAAUUGACCUACUCUUCAGCGGUUGAAAGAAUGUUUCUUAUCUCUCUCAAGAACAAGUACGCAGAUGGGCAAGCAAUUGCAGUCAAAUUGUCCAAACAAAUUUCACAAAGAACCAAUGCCAUCAAAGCUGCAGUUACCAGGUACAAUGCAUCAUUGAAUUCACUGGAAGACUGGAUCCAAGAAUUACCAGCAGAAAUGCAAUUUGAGGAAGCCAAAGAUCCAAAUUCCGUCAUAUACUCCCACCUAAAUCACCAACAAACCAACGACACAGUGCCCUCCGCUGUGAAGAGAGCUGCAAUUGAUUCACAUAAUUUCUUAGAAAGGUGCAAAGAAGAACAGAGUAUUCUGCUUUUAGAAGUCGAAAGGCUGUUUCGAUACUACGUGGACAGAAAAGAAGAACUUGAUAAGUACUGCAUCACGCACUCUGGGGAUCAACCAAAGCUCGUGAAUGGUUUAAUUGCAAUGGCAAAGCAAGAAAUUGUUGAAAUAUAUAACGCAUUAUUUUUAUUGAAGUCAAACCUUUCUGAGCACCUCAAUGUGGAAGAUAUAAUGAUGAAUGAAGUAUGUAUCAGAAAAAUUGAAGCAGAACAUUCGUGUGCUAAAGGUAUGGGAAGAGAAUUUGAAUCCAUUUCAAGUUUCGAUGACGAAGUAGACGAAGAAGACACGCCAUUGCUGGAUUUUUCCGAGGACGAUUCGGAAAGCUCCGAUGACAGUCUAGAAUAAACAAGUGAAGUCACUAAGACACACGCAGAUAAAAAAGUGUAAAUUCAUAUUUAAAUACAAUGUGGUCAUGGGAUCCUGUAAGCAGGUCAUGUGGUCGUGUAAACAUGUUUGUCCUACUUAAGGACUGUGUACUAGAUUAAAAACAAAUUAUAUGCACACAUAUUGUUCACACUCCAAUGUAUUUUUGUGUGCUUCAUUUACAUUCUAAUUUAAUUUAUGUCAACUUACCCCAUCUUAGGGUGCUUUACCACACUAACAUAGCGUAGGUCACCUUAACUUGCCGCAUAGUGGGGUGCUUAAAUUGAUACU